GAGGGACCCUUGCUUUUUGCAGAGCUUACGGGACUCCGUCGCCUUGCUGACGUUUGAGAACAAGCGCCUGGAAAACAGCAAUGUGAAGUUGAAGACCAACCUGGAGGGCCUGAAGGAUGUGGACGAGAAGUUUGAGACGGUGCAUCGGCAACUGAAUGGCGAGGUCGAUGCCGCUGUAGAGCUGCUGCAGGCUUUGGAGCACCACAGUCGGGUCCAGGAUGUGGUGUCCGCCCUCAAUCUUUUCUUCGUCUCUGACUACGAAAACACUGGCAGCCUCCAACCAGCAGAAGCUGCGAUCUUCCUCGAGGGAUUUUCGCAACUCUGGCUCUUGCUGCCAGACUAUGACAAGGAAGAUUUGAAGGACUUGAACAGUGAGCUCACAUUUGAAGAUUUCUCUGAGCUGCUACGUGCUGUUUUGGAGGAUGACGCCAAGAAGUGUCGCAGAAUUCUUGACUCACUAUGCUGCGUGGCUCCUCCGGAUGACAUCACCUACGCACUACCUCCGAUCAGAAAGCAG